AUGCAGACGUCCACCGACCCGGAACCAAGUACAGUCUACUCCCUCAACGGACUAUGUGGUAAUAUCAAUGCCGGCAAUAAUCUGGGAUGGACGUGCCCUCCAAAUGGCGGCAGGUGCUGCAGCAAGUAUGGACACUGCGGUAGCGGUGCCAGCUAUUGCGCUCCCAACGUAUGCCAGCCCGCUUUCGGGUUGUGUGAUGCUGCACCAACAAGCACAUACAUCGACGAAGCCUCAAACGUCCAUACCGGGACUGCACUGCCCUCUCGGACUGUAUCUGCAACACCUCUUGCAACACCCCUCGAACGUGGAAGCAUAACACCAGACAGAACCUGCGGAGACGUUGGCAAAGGCAACAACAACGGCUACGUCUGCAAGCCCGGCCAAUGCUGUAGCAAGUACGGAAACUGUGGUACGACUUCAGACUACUGUGCACCAUCAGUAUGUCAGAGUGCUUUCGGAAUGUGUGCUGAUUCCGCUCCCGCACGUGGAAGCGUUUCACCAGACAGAACCUGCGGAGAUGUUUAUAAAGGCAACAACAACGGCUGGGUAUGUAAAACCGGCCAGUGCUGCAGCAGGUUCGGGAACUGUGGUACCACUGCAGAUUACUGUUCCCCAUCAGUAUGUCAGAGCGCUUUUGGGAUAUGUUUUGAUUCCGCUCCCGCACGCGGAAGCGUUUCACCAGACGGAACCUGCGGAGACGUGGGUAAAGGCAACAACAAUGGCUGGGCAUGUAAACCCGGUGCUUGCUGCAGCAAGUACGGCAACUGCGGUACUACAGACAGCUACUGCUUGGCUUCACUGGGUUGUCAGUCAGCCUUUGGUAAUUGCACAGGCGUGGCUUCUUCUUCCAGCUCAGGAUCUUCGCCAGCCUCCAGCACACCCAGUUCUGCAUCCAACUCCACGAGUCCUUCCUAG